UGGCUCUGAGGGCCCUCCUUGGGCCUUUCCUGGUGGCCCUGCUCUGUCAGGGCCCCGUGUCUCCCUACUCAGCAGCUUUCCUGUGGCUAAGAUGCCGACACCUCGGACAUUGACCUUUGGGCUGGAGCUGCACAGACCCAAGGAGCCCAUGGAGCCACAAACCCCAGUGCAGAGCACUCAGCAGACAAGCAGUGGGGAAGCGCCCAGCGCCCACCAUGAGGACUUGAGGCUGGGCCUGGGCACCUUCCGGCGAGCCUUCUCCCGAGUGAGCCAGCGGGCCUCGGGCCGGGCCGUGGAGGAGGACCCCGGCCUGCUCAGGCGCAGCUCCCGCUUCCUGUUCCGGUCCUUACGACGCUCCCUGGACGACAGGCCGGCUGCUGACCAGUGCCAGGCCACCGCUGUGCCAGGGGCAGGACAUGGCCCGGAGGUGCCCUCCAGGGUCACUGAUGGUGUCAGCCGGCAGUUGUCCACCAGGGUGGAAUCUGAGGAACUGGAACCCGAGGCAGAGGGCAAAUCUGUGGCAGACCUCAUCACCGAGCGGCAGCUGCUGGCCGCCUUUGAGCAGCUGCAGCGCCUGGAGACGGCGCUAGUGGCCGAGAAGGCCUCGCACACCUUCGAGGGGGACCCCACGGGCUUCGCGCGGCGCGCCAUGGACGUGUGCCUGCACUACGACGGGCUGGCCGCGGAGAUCCGCGCCAUGGUGCGCGAGACGCUGGGCCCCGACGGCUCGGGCCUCGCCAGGGUCCUGGCCGAGCUCGGCGGCUUGGUUCGCGGGGACCUGCAGAAAGUGCAGCUGCAGGUGCAGCCCGCGUAUGCGGCCGCGGGCUUCCCCGCGUGGGAGACCUACCUGCGCGCCUAUCACGGCGCCGUGGCGCAGCGCCUUCAGGAGCUCGCGCAGGACGCCCGCGGCUGCGAGCAGCUCUACAUCCUGCUGGACUGGGCCGCCAACGUCUACGGCAGUCCUAACUUCCUGGGCGCCCCGGAUCUGACCCUGUCCACGGAGCCGCUGCCCCCGCUCCUGGCACCCGACGUGUGGGCCCAGCUGGAGAGCGACUACACCCGCUUCCUGGAGACCAAGAUCGCCAGCUGCUUCGACGGCAUCCUGCAGCUGGAGCAGAGCCGCUGGGCAGCCGCCCAGGCCCCCGACGUGCUGCAGGGCCGCUACCACACGCCGCUGUCCAUCGACAUCCACAUGCUGGUGGCGGAGCACGUGAAGGCGGCGGGGGCCAUCUCCGCGGAGCUGGAGGCCACCACCUUGCGGAUCUGCGCGCGCGCGCUCGGCCUCUUCGUGCCCAGGUUCGAGAAGGCGUUUCUGGAGUCGCAGGCGGUGAAUGAAGUUGGUGUGGCACCUAGCCUGCAUGACUGCAUGACUGCAUGCCAGGUGUUGUCCCCCAGCCCACUUUGUCACCUGUCCUGGCCCCUCCCCAGGACCAGUCUUCUGGUCAGGUUCCCAGGAGCCUUUACAGAGCUGGAGAAGCCCCUGGUGGCUACCACCUGCAUCUUCCAGAAGCAACUGCUCCAGGGUUUGCAGCGUGAUAUGCAGCCGCUCUUCAGGAUCCUGUGCACCAAGGCCUGGCUGACACAGGAUGCACUGCAGCCCCUCAUGGACAAGGUGAUAACCUUUGCCCGCCACCUGGAGCACGUGGCCCCACUUCCUGCACAGGAGACUCUGCAGGAGGCGCACCGGUAUGUGGUCCGCGAGUACCUGGCGCAGGCGCUGAGGCCACGCGAGCGGUUACGGGGCGUUGAGCGCUUGACUGGCUCCCAGAAGAUGGGCCUCGAUGCCCAGGCCAUUGGAGACACCUUCCAGGGCUUGGGUUCGGAGGCCACGUGGCUGGACCAAGCAAUCCUGUGCGUGGCUAACAUACUGGGUGAGACCUGCAAAGACGACAUCCAGCGGCACCUGGAGGCGCUCAUCCAGAGCUACCCCGACAUCAGGCGCGACCACGUGCUGGCCAUUCUGGCGCUGCGCCGCCUGGGCCGCCAGCGGAACCAGCGCCUCCUGCAGCGCGCCCAGGACCUGCUGAGGGCCGCAGCCAAGGCAGGGGGCUCCGGGAGCACUGGGGGCCGCGUGCUCUUUGAGGAGAUCGAGGUACCCACCUCCAUGGACGUGUUCAUCACUUGUAUCUAG